AUGUUUGAGGGACAACACCUUCAGAUCAUGGAUCAGCUGUUAGAAGCGGUCGGCGAUAUUCACGGCCAGCACAGAUUCGAGGAGACGGAAGCUCGUGGACGCGAUCGCAAUACUGGAGCCCCUCGUCAAGGCUACCAGCCUCCUCACGACAUCGCUCGAAUUUCCAAGGCUCUGGAGGCAGUGGACUACUCUCAGCGCUGCAGAACAAUCUUGGCGCAGCUGGACAUCAUCUUCUCGAUGAUCCUCGGUCGCAAGUACGUGUCCAACCUAAUAGAUCAAGCCAACGACAGUAGCGAGCAUGGCGCGGACGAAGAGCCAACGCAGAUCGACACGGAUGGAGAGGACGAUGCCGGUACUCCAGGAGGUCAUAAGGAAGACGCCAUGCAAAUCGACACAGGCGGAGUCGAGCUAGGCGCCACCGAGAGUACAGCGGAUGUCACCAUGUCUGAGGAUCUCGCUGGCGAGGUCGACGGCCUAGAAGAGGGAGAGGCAUCUGGACUCACCGAGUACGAUGAGAUGGUAUUCCUCUCACGAUUCCAAGAGGAAGCAACAUUCGAGGAUGUCGAAGGCCCUCGGACCCCAGAGGCUCAAAUACUCGACGACAUCGCUACUAAUGGCGGCACUGUCGAGCUCGAAGGCGUCAGCUACCGCCAUUUCGAUGUUUUAGGAGAUGGCAAUUGCAUGGAGCGUACGUUUGCUAGAGCACUAUACGAUGACGAGAAAUACUAUCCAACAGUACGCGCUGAGCUCAUUCGCCACCUUCUUGACGUUCUUGCAGUCAGCGAUGAUCUGGAUCUCCACGACGUUCUAAUGGAUCACUGCAUCGAUCUCGACAGACAGAGCGAUGAUCCUGGCCAACCUUCGUUGUUUCAGCAAACCAUGCAAGAGAGAGCAUAG